AUGGCUUCAGGCAUCCCAUUUCAAUAUCUCCCUUUAGAAAUACUAUCAGAUAUCCGAUUACUUCAAAUAUCGCUUUCACCAGACUCGAAACAUUUGCGUGGCAAAUUCACAAACGUCUCAUUAGAUGUGGUUCCACCAACACAAGUGCCUUACGCUGCUAUCUCCUAUCGUUGGGGAUCAGCUGAUAUGUGCAAUCAGAUAUGGUUUGAUGAGGAACAUUGUCUGUGUUUGAAUAGUUCGGCUGGGACAAUUCUGAGAUCUUUUGCUGCUCAUUUAUAUUUAGGUUUUGAGCCUUGCUUUCUAUGGAUCGAUGCUCUCUGUGUUAAUCAAAAUGAUGAUAUUGAGAAAGGAUCACAAGUGCGUCAGAUGGGGAGAAUACAUUCUUUCGCGCUGCAGGUAUUCGCUUGGAUUGGGGAUGAAUCUACAGAUAGUGAUCUUGCCAUGGAUUUUGUGGUUACAUUAUACGAAUUGAUGAUAUAA